AACCAGCCGAUCAGAGCAAACUGCCAUCAUGAAGGCUCUCCUGGCCAUGCCGCUGCUGCUGCUUCUCUCAACACCUCCUUGUGCCCCCCAGGCUUCUGGGAUCCGGGGAGAUGCUCUGGAGAAGUCUUGCCUCCAGCAGCCUCUGGACUGUGAUGACAUCUACGCCCAGGGCUACCAGACAGAUGGGGUGUACCUCAUCUACCCAUCUGGCCCCAGCGUGCCAGUGCCUGUCUUCUGUGACAUGACCACCGAGGGCGGAAAGUGGACGGUUUUCCAGAAGAGAUUCAAUGGCUCAGUGAGUUUCUUCCGGGGCUGGAACGACUACAAGCUGGGCUUUGGCCGAGCGGAUGGGGAGUACUGGCUGGGGCUGCAGAACAUCCACCUCCUGACACUGAAGCAGAAGUAUGAGCUGCGAGUGGACUUGGAGGACUUCGAGAAUAGCACGGCCUACGCCAAGUAUGUGGACUUCUCCAUCUCCCCCAACGCCAUCAGCGCUGAGGAGGACGGCUACACCCUCUACGUGGCAGGCUUCGAGGACGGCGGGGCAGGAGACUCCCUGUCCUACCACAGCGGCCAGAAGUUCUCCACCUUCGACCGGGACCAGGACCUCUUUGUGCAGAACUGCGCAGCCCUCUCCUCAGGGGCCUUCUGGUUCCGUAGCUGCCACUUUGCCAACCUCAACGGUUUUUACCUGGGUGGCUCCCACCUCUCCUAUGCCAAUGGCAUAAACUGGGCCCAGUGGAAGGGCUUCUACUAUUCCCUCAAGCGCACCGAGAUGAAAAUCCGCAGGGCCUGAGGACCAGGGUCUCAUCCCUCUCCGGGCUGCCCUGUGUUUCCAUAAUUGCCCCACCCCGACCCCACCAGCCCCCUGCUUCUGCUGCUUCCUGAGCACCAGCUUCUCAAAGGCCUUGCAACUCCAAGCCCAGGCUGAUCCCCAUCACACGCCCAGGUGUCCAUUUCUAACAUAGGCUCUGUUCCUUACUGCCUGAGGCUAGCUAGCCAGCAGCCCCCUAGGCUUCUUCUGAGGCACAGGUGUGCCAGCCUGGAUAUGACUGGGCUCCAUAAAACUGAGUUACUUGGACUCUUUUCCAACAGCUGAAGGCAGGAGCCACCUUCCCAGGGCUGGCUGUUAUUCUCCAUCUUAGCCAGCUUCCUUUUUGUGAUCAGGGGCUACCUGGGGUAUGCCAGGCAGCAUGUGGAUGGCCGCUGCCACCCCCUAACACGCCCUCUGGCUAUUCUCAGACUCCCUCCCAUAGUUAGCCUCUCCCUCACCCACUAAUCCCCCUAUGGUGUAGCCCCACCUUAUUCCCCAGAUCCCUGUACAGCAUGUCCCAGCCCCCUAAAGCUCAAUGCUGAAAACAGUAUUCAUCACAGCUAUUAUAUAUACCCCUGAUAUCGGUCGAGAGCAAUGUAAGCAUGCAAAUGAGUUUCCCCACCUUUCCCCAAGGACUGGAGUUGGGCUAUGUAAGGUGGGGAAGGGGGGCAAAGAACAAUCUGCGGGGCUGGGUGUGGGUGUGGAGCAGAGAUCACAAUAAACCUUCAGGACCUGAU